AUGGUCGUGCUCGCAGCGUCGAUCUGCACGCGAGGCGGCAAGGCCCUCCUCUCCCGCCAAUUCAGAGAAAUCCCAAAGUCUAGAGUUGAAGCCCUCCUGGCAUCUUUCCCCAAACUCGCAGAUAGUUCUACCCAACAUACCACAGUCGAGCAGGAGAAUGUCCGAUUUGUCUACCAGCCUCUAGAUGAGCUCUACCUUGUCCUCAUCACCAAUAAACAGUCCAACAUCCUACAAGACAUUGACAGUUUGCACCUAUUCGGACAGGUGGUCACAUCAAUAUGCAAGAAACCCGACGAACGCGAGAUCCUCCGCAAUGCCUUUGAGCUGCUCAGCGCUUUCGAUGAACUCGUCACUAUGGGCUACCGAGAGAACUUGUCCUUGAACCAAAUCAAGACCUUCCUCGAAAUGGAGUCUCAUGAAGAGCGCAUCCAGGAGAUCAUUGCAAGGAAUAAAGAACUAGAGGCCUCUGAAGAACGUAAACGAAAAGCCAAACAACUUGAACUCCAAAGGAAAGAAGCAGCGCGCUCUGCAUCGUACGGACGCGGGAUUGCGCCAAAGAUGCCUCAACAACCGACUUACACCCCCCCUACCCAGCCGAAUACCUACGACACCUACGAAGCUGAGAAGAACAAAGUCUCGUCCAAAUUCUCCGCUUCCCGUGCCACCAAGGGUAUGCAAUUGGGCAAAAAGUCAAAGACUUCCAACGCCUUCGCCAAAGUGCAAGAAGAACUCGGCCCUGAACCGGAAACCCCGUUGGUCGAAGACCUCCCAGACCGCACCCGUCCCUCCACCUCAACCUCGACCCAAGACCACACAGCAUCCGCGCACACCAACCCCGUUGUCAUCUCCAUAUCUGAGACGCUCUCAGCCAAACUCUCACGCGAAGGUGCCCUGCGCUCGUUCGAAGUCAAAGGCGACCUACAACUCAAGAUCGCCGACCCGGCGCUGACAAAACUCGCGCUGCGCGUCUCUGCCGACGAAGGACCACUCAGAGCGCAAUUCCGCACACACCCCAAUGUGGACAAGAACCUCUUCAACAGCUCGCGCACGAUCCAACUCAAAGAUACGACCAAGCGCUUCCCGUCGAACAACAGUAUCGGGGUCCUGCGCUGGCGUGCAACCGCGCCCGCGGACACGCCCGACGUCCUCCCUCUCACUUUUACCGCGUGGGUCAACAAGUCCGACGACAGCUACACCAUCACAAUCGAGUACGAGCUGACCAACACGGACGUGACGCUGCGCGACGUUAGCGUCACCAUCCCAUACUCCUCAUCCGAGCCUUCCGUGAGCAGCUUUGACGCAGUGUACCAGGUCACGGGCGACAGCCUGGAGUGGACCAUUGGCACGCUCGACGCCGACAACGCAAGCGGUAGUUUCGAGUUCGAGGCUCAGGCCGACGACGACGGCGAGUUCUUCCCCAUGACCGUCUCGUUUGAGAUGACGAAACCCUUCGUCGACGUUGACGUGCUGGCUGCGAGAUUGCUCGAGAUGGACGAGGACGUUGAUUUUGAAAAGGUUGUCAAGGCGAAUGCUGAUGGGUUCCUGAUUGAAUAA